UCUUCUUACAGGAGGAUUGGGAGGAUUUGGGUUAGAACUGACGGACUGGCUGAUAAUAAGAGGAGCUCGUAACAUCGUGCUAAGCUCACGAACAGGCAUCAAAAAUGGCUACCAAUCAUACAGAAUAAAUUUAUGGCGUUCUUACGGAGCUCGUAUCAUCAUCUCCACUGCUGAUAUCUCCAAAGAAUCAGGCAUCGAGAAUUUAAUUCAAACUGCAAAUUGUUUAGGUCCAGUGGCUGGAAUAUUUAACCUCGCAGUGACUUAUAUGGACGAUCCAUUUUCAAAACAAACCGAAGAAAAAUUCAACAUCGUUGGUGAUUCAAAAGCGAUUGCAACUUGGCAUGUUGACCAACUGAGCAGAAAAAUGUGCCCAAAUUUGGAAUAUUUUGUGGUAUUUUCCAGCAUAAUUUGCGCUUAUGGAAAUAUAGAUCAAACCAACUACGGUUUUGCCAAUUCUGUUAUGGAAAGAAUAUGCGAAAACAGACGUUCGGAUGGUUUACCAGCGUUAGCCAUACAAUGGGGACCUGUAGGCGGAGUUGGUGUACUUUCUGAUGUAUUUGAGAGUAACCCAUCCGCUGUUAUAGGAGGAUGCGGUUUUCAAGAAAUCAAAUCAUGUUUGGAAACAUUAGACUGUUUAAUGAAACACCAUUAUUCUAUUAUUAGCAGCAUAAUUGUAGGUGAAAAACAAACAACUGAUUCUGACAUAGUAACUAAAAUAUCUAAUGCAAUGGGUAUUAAAGAUCUUGAGGCUAUAUGUUUAACGUGGACUUUACCAGAACUAGGAAUGGAUUCGAUUUUAGGGCUAGAAAUAAAACAAAUCUUUGAAACGGAAUUUAAUACUUUCUUUACAUCAGAAGAACUACAAUCCAUGACCUUCGCAAAAUUGAUUCGUUUAAAAGAAAACAAAAACAACGCUUCGAUUGCAGUUCAUGAACAGCCAAUACAAUUGCAUCAUCUCAAUAGUGAAGAAAUGUGGGUUCAGCCGAUUUUGCGAAUACCAUUCAUCGAUGGAGAAAUUCAAGAGCCAACCUCAGUUGAUGAAACUCCCACUGUUUUUGUAUUCCCUGGAAUAGAAGGGUUAGCUCUAGCUAUGGAAUCACUAGCUAAAAAUUUACAUUUCCAAGUGCUAUGCUUCCAAUAUUAUUUUGAUACUGAUGAAAGACAAAAUGUUAUUCAAUCUAUGUGUGAAUAUUUUUCAUCUAUCAUUUUGGAAAAACUUCGUCCUGAACAAGAGUUUCAUUUCAUUGGCUACAGUUUGGGUGCAUUAAUCGCCGUAGAAACAGCCAAAAUAUUAGAAAAUCGAGGAAGAAAAGGACACAUUUGGCUAAUCGAUGGUUCGCCUAAAACUGUCAAAAUGUUGGGUCUGAACAGAGAUAAAUUGGAAGAAAAUGUCCCCUUAGAAGAUGAUGAAAUACAGAAUCGAAUUUGCUUCAUAUUCAUAACAACAUUAUUACCAAAACUACCCAAGGAAAAAUAUUCCAAAAAUAUAGAAAAAUCAGUCGAUUGGGAAUCCAAAAAGAAAAUAACUUCGUCGAUGUUCUCAAGCAUGAUGGAAAAUGAAAAUCUUAUGCAUCGAUUUUUAGACAAGCUAUUUAAUAUAAUAAAAGCGACACACACUUAUGAAAUAUCUCCAGUUUCCUUGAAUUCAUCCUGCGUUUUGAUAAGAUGUGUCAAGAAUUUAUACGGUUUACCUUUCAAUGAAUCGUACAGCUUGGCAGAGCACUUUAUAAAUCCUGUAGAGGUUUAUAGAAUUGAUGAAGUAGAUCAUUCUUCAAUUCCAUCGCAUCCAAAAACGGCUGAAAUUAUUAUGAAAUCUCCGGUAUGGAAAAGCUAAACUACUGCUGGAUACCCCCUGCAGAAAUUUUGUAUACUAACGCAGUAUUUUUACCACCUACGUAGUUAUGCUCCCUUUAAAAAAUUGUGAUUGACUGUUUUGUUUUAAAUGAAAUGUAAAUUUAAUAAAUACAACAAUAAAAAUGA